CGAUCAGCGAAAGUGCGGCUGAAAACACAUCCCUUCUCUCUCUCUCUUCAGAAGUCGAAAAAACGAAUGAGCUACAUAUUUUGGGUGAACGCACAAGUUCUUUCCCAGCAUAAAACCGCACAAAAUGACAGACCAGAAGGCCAAAGGGGACAAACUGAUGGCCGAAGCGGAGCAGCAAUUGACUGCCGGUGGUGGGAAAUGCUGCGGUGGUGGACGUGUCAAAGUGGCAGAAGCAUGUGAACUUUACGUAAAGGCCGCUAAUGCAUUCAAAAUGGCGAAGGAAUGGCAGAGUGCGGGAAAUGCCUUCUCAGAAGCUGCUCAUCACGAACUAGAAGAAGGAAGGAAGACUGAAGCUGGGAUGCACUACGUGGAGGCAGCAAAGUGCUAUAAGAAGGUGAACCCAAACGACUGCGAGAAGAGCCUCAUCAAAGCUUCCGAAGUGUAUGCGGAUGUGGGGAGGGGUAAGACGGCAGCAAAGCAGCACCUCACGCUCGCAGAACUUUACGACGAGCAAGGGAAUGUGGAAAGAGCCCGUGAUGAGUAUCAGAUGGCUGCAGACAUGUUUUCCGCUGAGGACUUAACCUCCUCCACCACGAAAUGCAUGUUGAACGUGGCCUUACACAGUGCCACCCUCGGCGACUACGCUCGGGCUGAAGAGAUCUUCGAGAACCAGGGAGAAGCGGCACUCUCCAACAAACUUCUCAAGUACACGGCCUGCGAGAACUAUACGAAGGCGGGACUCUGCCGCCUCGCAUCCAAUCCGCAAGAUGGCGAAGCACUUAUUACGAAGACGCACGAGUGGAGGGAAUCUUCUCCUGCUUUCGGGGACAGCCGAGAGUUCGGUUUCCUGAAUAAGCUGGCGGAGGCCAUCAAGGCGGAGGACCUGGAUGCCUUCAACGAGGCCGUCCGGUGGUACGAGUCUGUGACGAGGCUGGGCGCGUGGGAGAACGAACUGCUCAAGAGGAUCAGGAAGAAUGUUGGGCCCGAUUUGCGAUAGUUUGUACAUCGUGGUAAUAGCAAUGGUUGGCCCCGGUAAGGUUGGCUCUGACCUCGAGGAAGUUCAUUUUAUCUUGGAGAGGUCAAUCAGUUCUUAUCAGAGAGCACGUAUCUGAUAAAGAAAGCAAAAGGAUUGCUUCCUGGUCGUCAAUGUGAAACAUGUGCUUGACUGAUUGUCGUGACAACCUAUCAGAUGGUCUUAUUUCAAUGCAGUUAGAAUGCUAGACGUUUCUUUUUGGGCGAUAGAUCUUACAUUCAUCCAGUUCAAUACCGCUAUAAAUUCAAAACUAAAUAAUUUUGCAGAAGAUAGAAAUAAAAAAUGGUGCACUUUAAUUAUUCACAUAAUUCAUUAACCAAUGUAAAUAAGAUUACGAAACCAAAAUUAUCCAUUAGCCCUUAUGGCGGUUUUCAAUUGGAUGUACGAAAUGUUUAGUGCUACUUAAGUAGGCACAGCUCAACCAGCAACGACCGAUGAUUGCCAAAGAGUUGUCGUGACACGGGAGGAAGGGAGGGGGGCUAAGAAUUGGCAGGACUUCAACGACUGAGAGAUCAAA